UUAUCGACUAUUGUAUAGGUAAUAUUAGUAGGCGCAAGUAAACUUAGAUUUACUUGGAAAUAUUUGUCUAUAAUUUAAUUAGAAUUGCGUAAAUAUACAAACAAUAUGCCGGCUCAAUUACAGGGUUUCGAACAUUUCAUAAUUGGUGGUGUUUUAACCACCUUAUUUUUGGUUGGAAUGUAUUCACUACAUCGAAUAGAGGAGGGUCAUGUUGGUGUAUAUUUUAGGGGUGGUGCUUUACUACCAAUUACUAGCUCCCCAGGAUACCACAUGAUGUUCCCAUUGCUUACCACCUACAGAUCGGUGCAAGUGACCCUGCAAACAGAUGAAGUGAAGAAUGUGCCUUGUGGGACAAGCAGUGGUGUCAUGAUUUAUUUUGAUAGAAUAGAGGUUGUUAAUUACAUCCAACCAGCUAGUGUUUAUGACAUUGUGAGGAAUUACACUGCUGACUAUGAUAAAGCACUUAUAUUCAACAAAAUCCACCAUGAACUUAAUCAAUUCUGCAGUGUGCAUUCCUUGCAUGAAGUUUAUAUAGAUUUGUUUGAUCAAAUCGACGAGAACCUUAAGCAAGCUUUGCAGAUGGAUUUACUGGAAAUGGCCCCAGGUCUGUCCAUACAUGCAGUCAGAGUGACGAAACCAAAAAUUCCAGAAGCUAUACGGAAAAAUUACGAGCUAAUGGAAUCCGAGAAAACGAAGUUGCUGAUAAGCAUGCAGCAUCAAAAGGUGGUCGAGAAAGAUGCGGAAACGGAGAAGAAACGAGCGAUUAUAGAAGCUGAGAAGGAAGCGCAGGUCGCGAAGAUCCAAUAUGAGCAGAAGGUUAUGGAAAAGGAAUCGUUGCAAAGGAUUGCUGCUAUCGAGGAUGACAUGCAUUUGGCAAGGCAGAAGUCGCAUUCUGAUGCGGAGUUUUACAAACUGAAGCAGGAGGUAGAAAUCAAUGGAAUGCUGCACACCAAGCAAUACUUGGAGAUCAAAAAGUACGAAGCGCUUGCGGCCAACAAUAAGGUCUAUUACGGUCCAGACAUUCCGAAAAUGUUUCUGAACGCUGGCUGCAGUAAAGGAGAUGUAGCCCAGAUUGAUAUAUAGAUUUGUUUUACUUGGUUCAGGAGAUUUAGAGGAAUCAACGUUUUUGUUUUAAUUUUUA